AUGUCGUUUAUUUAUAGGAAGGCUGCACAAAUGUUGAUGAAAUGUUCUAAAGGAGAUGGAAUAAAGGAUGUUCUAUUUAAAAAAGAAGAUAAAUCUAUAAAAAAGAUAUAUUUCAUUGUGCAUAAAUCGAUGGAAGACUUGGAUAUAUUUAACAAAAUUUACAACAGUUAUUUGUCAAAAAUAUGUAAAAACAAAUACCUUGGAAUUGUUCUUUUGUGUGUGUUAAUACACCGAAAAAAAAUUGACGGAGGAGGGGAAUUAAAAAGAGAGAUUUUAAAAAAAGAAAAAGAAAUAUUUCAACUUUAUAAUAAUUUAAAAAGUAGUAAUGAUGCUAAAAUAAAUAUAUUAACAAAAUAUUUUAUAAUAUAUUUGAAUGAUAAUCCAAAUAUAGUGAAUGAAAUAAAAACAUUGCUACCUAUAGAAAAUGAUGAGGAUGUUGAAAAUUUAUAUAAAAUAUGUACAACCAAGGUAAAAAAUUUAAUAGAUAGUAUAUAUUAUAAAAAUAAUAAAAUAAGAAUAUUAGAUAAAUCAUCUGGUUUAGUUGUUAAGUCAGCGAAUAUACAAAAAGGUAUGACUAUUGUUGAUGUAUGUUCAUCACCUGGAAGUAAAGCAAUUCUAAGUUUACUUAAUUUGAAAAAUAAAGGAUAUUUAAUAUGUAUAGAAAAAAGUAAAACACGAUGCUAUACAUUAAUUCGAGAAAUCCUAAAAAAUAAUGAAUAUAUUGGUUAUUAUACUAAUGAGAAUAUGGAUGAAGAAGAUAAAAUAAAUAUAGAUAAAAAGGAUUUAUUUAUAAAUAAUGAAAAUAAUAUAUAUUAUAUUAAACAUAAAAAUAAUGAAUUAAUUAUAAAAAUAUAUAAUUGUGAUUUUUUAAAAUUAACUCAUAAGGAUUUUCAAGAAAUCGGGGAUAUAGAUGUUGUAUUUGUAGACCCUUCAUGUUCAUCUAGUGGAAUGCCUGAUUUUGUCCACAAGGAAAAUAUGCGUAAAGUAUUUUUACAAACUAAGCAGAUUGACAAUAAAAAAAAUGAACAAAGUGAACAAGAUGAGAAAUAUAAUAGUUACAACAUUUAUUCUGACAUAUCAGAGGAAAGAAUUCCAAAAGUUCCAAACACACUUAUAGAUAAAAUAAAAAAUUUAUCAGACUUUCAAAAAGAUAUAUUAAAUCAUGCAUUGGUAAAUAUAAAAACAGCUAAAACAUUUAUUUAUUCUACUUGUUCUUUUUUUGAAGAAGAAAAUGAACAAGUCAUAAAAAAUGUGCUAGAAAAAAAUUUAAACUUUUAUAUAGAAAAUGCUGGAACAGAUAAAUUUCUUUUUAAAAAUGGAAAAUAUGAAUUUUCUGAUAAAUGUGUCAGAACAUUUCCUAACCGAGACAAUUGUCGUGGCAUAUUCAUUUGUAAAAUGUGUAGAAAAUAA